AUGGAUACCUAUCAACAACUUAACUUCAAUUAUUCACCAUAUGUUAAAUAACUCAACUAGCUUGGCGAUAUCCAAUCUAGAGUAAAUCCAAUCAGUUUAAAUACUACCAACUCACAGUCCAGAUGGUCUUAAAACUUACCACCCAAAACAGUGUCAUCUUAGAGUAAUACCUAAUUUAGCAAUAAUCAUAACCUGAUUAUGAAUUAACUUGAGCCAGAUGUCCUUUACUCUGAAUCUAUCUCUUAAAAUAGAUCUCCUCUCAAUUACUAGGAAAGUAGACCUAUGAGCACUUCUAAUUAACUCCUAAAUAAUGACAUUUUGAAUUAGAAAUCGAGAUCACUCAUUUAAUAAUACAAUAAAUAUAACCAGCAUUAAGCUAGUAACAAUAUCAUAGUUAAUUCCGCUGGAUAAAAUCAAACACAAACUUCAAAUAAUCAUACUAAGCAGGUGUCUCUUUUUAAUGCCUCUUCCAUUUAGGGUUCUGUGUUCAAUUCUAACAUAAAGAAAAAUCCAAAUGCUCAGAUACAGAGUAACAAGCUUAAUAGUAGUGGUAACAACAAUAAUAAGAUUGAUUUCACAGACAUAAUGAAUUAACUUUCAUAGCCAAGUUCAUUAGAAACACCUUUUAAAGAUGAUUAGCAGCUCAGAUAAUACCUUGUAUGCAAUGGAAGUGAAUUAGGGGAUUCAACUGUGCUUAUUGGAGGUGGAUACCAAGAAUAGGAAUCUUUUAAGCCACCUCAACAAGAGAUGUAUAUUUAGGAUCAGCAAAUGACUUAUGAGAUUGAUGGUUUUUAGAUAUAAGAGGAGUUGGGCAAUUAAGAUGAACUAAGACAGUAAGAUUUGAUAGUUGGUGGCACAGGCUAGAAAAAUCAUGUGAAUGGAGGUACUAAGAGAAUAAUAUUUGAGAUUAAAGAUUAGUCAUCGGCUGAUUAAUCUAAGUCAAAGAAAGUAAAUGUGAAGGACAUGGCUAGUUAGCUGGACGACCUGAAAGAUCACAUUAAAAAUCUUGAAUAGAAAAUUGAGACUACUUCCUAGAACAUCAUGCAAUCCUCUUAAAAACCAUAGAAUACUAGUACAACUUCAUUGAAUAGACAUAAUAGCGCCUAUUUUAAAGUUAGCGAAUAGCUAGAUAAGAAGAAAGAGAAGCCAACAAAGGAUAAAAGAAAGCACUCAGCUUAGAAGUCAAACAAAAAGCACCAAAAGAACAUAUCAUGGGGUGAUAGUUAGCUCAUCCAAGAAUCUUAGGGAACUGAUGAUUAUGGACGUAGAAGAAGUAGUAUGGGAUUAUCUAGUAUGAACAGCCGAGAUCAUCAUGCUCAAAUCAAAUAAUACUACAAUAUGAUCAACAAUAAAGACAAAGCUAAUAAAGCUAAGAAUAAGCUUAGCGAGGUGAGUAGUGCAACUAAUAAUAUGAGUAAUUAUCAAAAUAGAUUAUUAAGUGAUAGUUCUCAUGGCUAAAACUAGAAUUCUAAUAGAUCCAAACUAAAAAGUUCAAAAUUCGAUAUAGUCGCUUAAAAUUUAAAUCUCAAGCAAAAUUCUAAGCAUUAAAGAAACAAAUCACUGGAUUCAUUCAGCAGUAACACAAAGAGCAAGGGGAUAUCAAGCAGCUAGACUAAAAAGUUUAAUAUAUCUAUAGCAGGGGGUGUCGGCAGCUUUAUUAAUAAUGCUAAGUAAAGAAGCGGGACGAAGUUUGAUCAUCAUAGAGGGGAGAGCGAUGGUCUAAGUACUUACAGAAUGAGUAGUGACUUUACUUGUAGUGGGCUGGAUCCAAACAGAAGGUUUAGUGAGAUUGAAAUACCGUUUAAUUACAAGCAAAAGUCAAGAUAAAACUAAACAAAUGCACUAAUUUAAUCUCAUACAUCCAACAACAGAAACCAUAGUAAAAUUGGUGCCAGCACUACUGAAACAGGCAUUAAUUUGACUUAGGUAUCUUAAGGCUAGUCAAAGACAAAGCAUCAAGAUUCGUCUAAUUACUAAAGUAAUAGUAAUAAAGCAAAGGAAUGUGAAAUGUACAAAUAGAAAUGCUUUAAGUAUCAGAAGAAGAUCAAGUUGCUGAAAUCAGAGCUCUAAGAAAAAGACACUAUCAUCAAUAAUUACAAGAACUUGAAUAAAGAACUCAAGACUAUCAAAGAUCAAUAUCGAAUGAGUGAGGAUAUUAGAGAUUAGCAAACUUAGCAAUUAAAGAAACUUUAGGCUUUACUUUAACAAUCAUAAAAAGAAAUUGCUAAAUAUAGGAAAAAAUUUACGAAGCUAAAGGAAAAAGAAAACAUGCCAAUUAAGGUCAUGAUUGAAGAUAGAUCUAGUUUUAAUAUGCAAUAGAAUGCUUCAUCUACAAAUAUAACUGAGGGAGGCAGUCAAAAAGGCAAGAAGAAAAGUCUUUAAGAGAAAUCUAGUUAAUGA